GCCUGUCGACGCGCCCGAGGAAGCAUCGCUGAAGGCUCUCGUUUCCCUGCCGUCAUGUCUAAGUCCGAGUCUCCCAAAGAGCCGGAACAGCUGCGGAAGCUCUUCAUUGGAGGGCUCAGCUUCGAAACGACCGACGAGAGCCUGAGGAGCCAUUUUGAGCAAUGGGGAACACUCACGGACUGCGUGGUAAUGAGAGAUCCAAACACCAAGCGAUCCAGGGGCUUUGGGUUUGUCACAUAUGCCACUGUGGAGGAAGUGGAUGCCGCUAUGAAUGCAAGACCACACAAGGUGGAUGGAAGAGUUGUGGAACCUAAGAGAGCCGUGUCGAGAGAAGAUUCUCAGAGACCGGGUGCACACUUAACUGUGAAAAAGAUCUUUGUUGGUGGAAUUAAAGAAGACACUGAAGAACAUCACCUGCGAGAUUAUUUUGAGCAGUACGGAAAGAUUGAAGUGAUUGAGAUCAUGACUGACAGAGGCAGUGGAAAAAAGAGAGGGUUUGCUUUUGUCACUUUUGAUGACCACGACUCUGUGGACAAGAUUGUUAUUCAGAAAUACCAUACUGUGAAUGGCCACAACUGUGAAGUCAGAAAAGCCCUGUCAAAGCAGGAGAUGGCUAGUGCUUCGUCUAGCCAAAGAGGUCGAAGUGGUUCCGGAAACUUUGGUGGUGGUCGUGGAGGCGGUUUUGGUGGCAAUGACAAUUUUGGUCGAGGGGGGAACUUCAGUGGUCGUGGUGGCUUCGGUGGCAGCCGUGGUGGUGGUGGAUAUGGUGGCAGUGGGGAUGGCUAUAAUGGAUUUGGUAAUGAUGGAAGCAAUUUUGGAGGUGGUGGAAGCUAUAAUGAUUUUGGCAAUUAUAACAAUCAGUCUUCAAAUUUUGGACCAAUGAAGGGAGGAAACUUUGGAGGCAGAAGUUCUGGCCCUUAUGGUGGUGGUGGCCAGUACUUCGCUAAACCACGAAACCAAGGUGGCUAUGGUGGUUCCAGCAGCAGCAGCAGCUAUGGCAGUGGCAGGAGGUUCUAAUUACAGCCAGGAAACAAAGCUUAGCAGGAGAGGAGAGCCAGAGAAGUGACAGGGAAGCUACAGGUUACAGCAGAUUUGUGAACUCAGCCAAGCACAGUGGUGGCAGGGCCUAGCUGCUACAAAGAAGACAUGUUUUAGACAAUACUCAUGUGUAUGGGCAAAAAACUCCAGGACUGUAUUUGUGACUAAUUGUAUAACAGGUUAUUUUAGUUUCUGUUCUGUGGAAAGUGUAAAGCAUUCCAACAAAGGGUUUGACUGUAGACCUUUUUUCACCCAUGCUGUUGAUUGCUAAAUGUAAUAGUCUGAUCAUGACGCUGAAUAAAUGUGUCUUUUUUUUU